CUCCUUCGGCUUCGAUGAUUUGAUCCUAAUCCCUAACCUCUCUAUAUACUGUACUCGAUUCAUCCAUAGCAGAUACAGUAUCAUUCUCCGCUAAUUGCUGAAAGCUAGAAUUAGCAGUUCUACGAGCUCAAAAGCCCUCUUCCACGGCCAUUGACGAUGGUUGGUGGCAACAACAACGCUAAACCGUCGACGAACAAGCCUCCUCCGGCGACACCCGCUCCCACCGCUGCAGCUUCGUCUUCACAGAACCGUAAAUCCCGUUGGAAUGCGAAUAGUAACGAUGGCGGAACCAGUAACAACAACAAUAACAAAGAAAGCAAACCGACGACGGGAGGCCAGAAAAUCGCCGAUAAGAAGCUCCCGAGGCCGAAUCCUUCUCCAAAGCUAGCUCCUAUUCCGAAUCAAUCCAAUUCGAAUCAUCCAAAUCCAGCAGCUCCGACAUCUUCACGGCCGAUGGCUCCGUUUCCUUUCCCUGAUUCGUCGUUGGCAGCAGCGCUUGGUCCUCCUCCUCCACCGACUUAUGGAACCCAUAUGCUGGAGCGGCGCACAAUUGUUCUAGCUGAUGGUAGUGUCCGUUCCUAUUUCGCACUUCCUCCUAAUUACCAGGAUUUUCCUCCUCCAAGCCGAGUAGCUGGACCGGAAUUUGGGCGAUUCCCACCCUAUCACCCUGAAGAGUUUCGAGAUCAGAGGAAUCACUGGGAUCGGCCUGAGGGUUCGAUGAAACGGAAGUAUCCAGGUGAAGAGGAAUUUGAUAGGAGAGAUGAGAGGGCUGAAAUGCUGAGACAAAGACAACAUUUUAUGCAGUAUGCGAAUCCUAAUGAUCACUCAGUUAUGGCUGGUACGAGUGGUCAGUUCGGAGACGAUGGUAGACCAGCUAAGCAUAUGCGGACAGGAUCAAGUAGGCAUGAAAGUGGAGGUCUCCAGGUUGACCAGGUUGCACUAAAGAAAUCGUUUUUGAGUUUUGUUAAGCGAGUUUUCGAGGACCCAGCUGAGAAGAAGAACUACUUGGAGAACGGGAGAAAAGGGCGGCUUCGAUGUCUCGUUUGUGGCAGGUCUUCUAGAGACGUCCAGGAUACCCAUAGUUUGGUAAUGCACACAUACUGUUCUGAAUCUUCUGACGAUGCUAGCUCACGUGUGCAUCACUUAGGCCUACACAAAGCUCUCUGUGUAUUGAUGGGUUGGAAUUUCACAAAGGCUCCUGAUAUUACAAAGGCAUACCAGAAUCUACCUGCUGAAGAGGCAGCAAUCAAUCAAGCACAGCUGAUUAUUUGGCCACCUCAUGUGAUUGUUCAUAAUACCAGUACAGGGAAGGGUAAAGAAGGGCGCAUGGAAGGCUUUGGAAACAAAACAAUGGAUAACAGAAUCAGAGAACUAGGACUCACUGGUGGGAAAUCAAAGUCACUGUAUGGAAGAGAUGGUCAUUUGGGAAUUACCCUGUUCAAGUUUGCGGGUGACGAUUCAGGGCUUAGGGAAGCUAUGAAAAUGGCAGACCAUUUUGAGAAGAUGAACCGUGGGCGUAAGAGUUGGGGCAGAAUACAACCAUUUACUCCAAGCAAAGAUGAUGAGAAAAACCAUAGUCUUGUCGAGGUUGAUGGUAGGACGGGUGAGAAAAAGAGAAUCCUUUAUGGUUAUCUUGCGACCGUAGCAGACUUGGACAAAGUCGAUAUGGAGACAAAGAAGAAGACCACAGUUGAGAGCCUUAGAGAACUCACAGGAACUAAGUAAAUUACAGUUCUAUGCUCACCCCAACAGGUACACUUUACGUUCGAGGUAUUUAUUGCCUAUUGAGUCUGGAUUCUUUAAUCACAAGCUCAAAAAAUCAAAAGGAGGAGAGAAAAGUUUGAUAUUUUUUUUACUUAUUUAUAGAUGAAUGAAUGUCUUGGUAUCUUUGAUCCUUUGAUUCAGUGUUCAUAUUGCAAUGCAUAGACUUAUAUCAGUUUAACCUGAUAUAUACAAGCAUCAAGCCUUCAAGUU